AUGCCCCUUUUUUCGAAUCGGGGCCGGGAAUUGCCUGAGGCCAUUCUUCCAAUCCAGAAGGCCAAAGAGGCCAAGAUUGCCAUGCAACAACGCAUUGCAGACUCGCUUAGUACCAAAGACAACAAGUUGAAGAACAGCGAUGUGUUAUUAUAUCCCACCGGCAUGUCGGAUAUUAGCCAUAUCCAUGAUAUUAUCAGCCUUUACACUACAGCGAGAAAGAGGACCGUUGCGAUCUUCGGCAAGAUCCACGGGUACGAGUGUAAACUCUAUGACGCUACACACUCCGACUUGGAAACUCUUGAAGAAGACUUGGCCUCAGGUCUGCAGCUAUGGGCCCUCUUUACAGAGUUCCCUGGCAACCCACUCCUUGGCUCUGUCGAUCUAGAGCGAAUAGAAAGGAUAUACGACGAAUACGACUUCUUGUUCGUGGUUGAUGACACAGUCGGUACAUCGGUAAACGUCGACGUUAUCUCACAUUGCGAUAUUGUAUGCACAGGCUUGACAAAGAUGUUUAGUGGGAGAUGCAACGCCAUGGGAGGAAGCGUGGCCCUGAAACCAAACGGCGGAGCCCCGCAGACAGAUUUCGAAGAGCGAGUUAUCAAAGCCAGUCAAAAUGCACAACACAUCGCAGAUAUACUUCGCAAGCACAGUUCGGUUGGGCAAGUCUAUUAUCCCAAGGGAAGCCCGACACAACAACUUCACGAGAAAUACAAACGUCCAGGAAAGGGGUAUGGAUAUCUGCUGUCUAUUCGUUUCAAGACUCCAGCAGCUGCCAUCGCGUUCCACGACGCUCUUGAUGUGGCAAAAGGGCCAAGUUUGGGGACCAAUUUCACUCUAGGUUGUGCAUAUACGCUCUUCGCGCAUUACGACGAGCUUGAAUGGGCUGAGGAGUAUGGUAUUGUUAAGCAUUUGGUACGAAUCAGUGUGGGGAUCGAAAAUGAGAGAUUCUUGGACGAGGUUAUCAAGACAGCUCUGGAUGCAGCUGAACGAGCGACUUUACAGGUCGUAGUAUAUGUCUCCUCCUGUGUGACCCUUAGCCUCGCCUAUGUACGACUCAUCCGAGAUGACCCCAAUGACAAACACAAAUUCCUCGCCGGCAGCUCCCUCGACAUAAGUACAAGACUCGAACUCUCCAUCUACGUCUUUCCCCGAGGUCUCAACCGCUCCGGCGGCGUGACAGGCUAUAAUCCUGUCGCCCACAACUGGAAAUCCAUCUUCGGUUCCACCACGACCUCUUAUUUAACAGAGUAUUGA